AUGUUUUUCACACACACAUUCCCCGUCGCGAACAAACCCUUCAAGUUCAUGGACAAGGUGUUUGCCAGUCUCCAGCAGCAAUGCCUCCCGUCUUUCAUGAUGUCGAGGCGCGAGCAGGAACACAACCGCAAGUCCACCAUGACGGCUGCGCUGCGCAGCGAAGCGCGUCAGAUCCAGCACAUGGAGCGCCGUGGCUUGACCACCCCUGACAAGGUAGACACUGCGAAGAUCAAGAAAACAAUUAUCUCGCCCGCUAAGCACCGACGACCUGCCCAUAUCCACACAGUAGAGAGUCGCCAGGCCAUGAACUCCAUGGUUAAGAUGGUCAAGGGUUGCAGCAGCAAUACGAAAGUUUGGACUCGCGAUUCACCCGGCAUUGGUGGAAUGUUGUCUCGUUCCUUCGACAAAAUUGCUGCGACUGCUGCCACCUUGGGCGAAGCAAGUAGUGCCGACGAGUUCGAAGCCUGUGCUGAUGGCUUGCUCCAUCUCUUGAACCAGACUGCGCAGAUGCUCAGGAUGCUGGGACUUGGAGCGAGCAUCCCCGUCGCAGGCGCCGCCAUGAAGCAACUGCACAAGAUUCUCGAGCGACUUCAGCAGUGGGAAGCUUCAGGACAGGUCACGCAGGCUUGGUCCCGCUACUACGACGGUAUCGUGGAGUUCUUUGAUACAACCCAGAUUGCACGGGACGAUGUCAAGGACUUGAAAGACAUCACGGACUUCUUCCCCGUCUCUAUUGGCACCAUUCCAGAUGCCGAGGAUGUCGCUAUGCCAGAUGCUCAGGAUGUUGCUAUGUCAGAUGCCCAGGAUGACAACAUGUGGGACGUCUCUGAUGUCGUAGAAGACGUCUCAGAGCCCAUGGAAGGUAGCAACUCAACAUGGAAGCCUGACUCUGGAUUGGCUUCUCCUCCUGUCGACCGGGAUCCCGAGCUCUUUGAGCUUCAGAACGGCCUUGUGGGAAGCGUGCCGCCCAUAUUCCCCGCAAUUCGCGUGGACCCCGUGGCCGCUUCCACACUUCCAGAUGACAUGGAACCUCGUUCUCAGGCGACUCCGCUCUCAUUUGGUGUUAGUCUCGAGUUACGCCCGGUCCCGUCCAGCCCUCCUGCGUGGACCAUUCCUCAGUUGAGUGGUCCAAACUCCUCUCCUUCCAGCACAAUGGCACCUGGAUUUUCGAUGCCUCCCCCAGCGACUGUUCCAACCUCCAGUGGUCUGAAUUUUCUGCCAUCUACACCGGCAGCAUCUACUACAGUCACCUCUAACCCUCUUCCUCCGACCGGUCCGACGUUCAGUGGUUUGACCUUCUUGCCAUCAACGUCAGUGGCUUCGACGACGGUCACGUCGAACCCUCCCCCAUCGACUACUCCCACCUUCAGUGGUCUGAGUGUACUGCCAUCUACGCCGGUGGCGUCUACUACAGUCGCCUCAAACCCGCCUCCAGUGGCUGGCCCGAGCUUUAGCGGUCUGAAAUUCAUGCCAUCAAGGCCGGUGCAUCUACUACAGUCGCCCUAA